GUGGGCUCACUUAUGGGACUUUCCAAAAGCAAACACAAAUCUAGGAAAGGUAACGGAGCGCCGGCGCCUCCCCGCGUACUCGCCCCUGGAGACGCCCGCGCAGCCUCGGGGAGCCGGCAGGGCUGACUCCUCGUCCGUGUGUUUCAGGGGAGAAGGGGCGCGGGCACUCCGUGGCGAAGGCUAGGGAGAGGUCGAUGGACAGGCAAUCUCAGGAACUCGAGAAACCUCCGGACAGCAGGCCUGCAGACAGCUUCCCAGGGAAGAGAGGGGCACCCAAGCGGCUGCGACCUUCCUCGUCCGAAGUGGAAGGGAGAUGAUUAUGUACUGGAUGGGACCCCAGAUAAUGGACUACAGGCUGCCACCCCUGUAUGUGCAGAUAUGGAUCUCAGCCAUGACACAGUGUGAUCCUAAAUGCAUCAAACUCCACAUGCACAUAUGAAAUGUCUGAAAGGAAAAGAAUCCUCCAUGGAGAAACCUGAUGUAAAGGUAACGUCGAGCAAGAAGAAAUUUGCCAUUCCACAGAUCAUCAUCACUAGAGCCUCUAAAGAGACUCUAGCCAGCUACAGUUCCAUUGGAAGCGAAGAGCAGAGAACCAUUCAGGAGCAGGUUGAAUGGGGCCCCUACUACCGACAUAGAAACCCCAGUACAGUAGAUGCCUAUGAUUUACAAGAAUAAACAAGCACCCCAAAUA